ACCAAAAUGGCGUCUGCAACAACAACAACUGAAAAGAACCCAGCCUUUGUCUUGCGCGCCGUCCAAGACGUCGCCUUUGAAGACCGCGAAAUCCCCAAACUCCGCGACGAGCAUGAAGUCCGCGUGCAUGUCGCGCAGACGGGAAUCUGCGGCAGCGACAUGCACUACUGGCAGCGGGGCCGCAUCGGGGAUUUCGUGCUGAAAAGUCCUAUUAUCCUAGGCCAUGAGAGCUCUGGCACCGUCGUCGAGAUAGGGUCUGCCGUGACGAACCUUAAAGUAGGGGAUCGCGUAGCUAUUGAGCCAGGUGUGCCGUGCCGCCGCUGCGAUUACUGCAGAGCUGGCUCGUAUAACCUCUGCAACGAUACCAUUUUCGCGGCCACCCCGCCGUGGGACGGCACGCUGGCCAAGUACUACACCGUUGCGAGCGACUACUGCUACAAGAUCCCCGACCACAUGGACAUGGAGGAGGCAGCGCUGGUCGAGCCCGUUUCCGUCGCCGUACAGGUCUGCAAAGUCGCGGAUUUGCGUGCGAACCAAACCGUCGUCGUAUUCGGCGCAGGUCCUAUUGGAGUACUCUCACAGGCCGUAGCCAAAGCCUCAGGGGCGAGGAAAGUAAUCGCCAUUGAUAUUUCACAGGCACGACUCGACUUUGCCAGGGCAUAUGCCGCGGACGGUGUCUUCCUGCCGCCCCAGGCCAAAGAUGGAACGGAUCCUAUUGCGCAUUCCGAAGCGAUUGCAGCAUCCAUCAAGGAAAAGUUUGAGCUUGGUGAAGGCGCAGACAUCGUGCUGGAAUGCACUGGUGCCGAGUCAUGUAUCCAAGCCGGCAUCAACGUAGCAAAGAAAGGCGGCACCUACGUCCAGGCUGGCAUGGGCAAGGAGAACGUCGUUUUCCCCAUCACAACAGCGUGCAUCCGUGCCCUGACCAUCAAAGGCUCUAUCCGAUACUCAGUCGGAUGCUACCCGACAGCCGUCGAUCUGGUGGCGUCGGGCAAGGUCAAUGUGAAGAAGCUCAUUACAAACCGAUUCAAGUUUGAGGAGGCGGAGCAGGCAUUUGAACUGGUCAAGGCUGCAAAGGAGGGCGUCUUCAAGGUAGUCAUAGAGGGUGUACAGUAGACAUGGACGUGCAUGGAGACCGAGGGUCAUAAACGGUCUUCCGAAUACACUCGCGGAUCCGUCGAGAUUGACGGGAUUCUGUACUUGUGAUAGACUGCAAUGACAUGUCUAGUCAGC